AUGUCUUCUUCAUCGAAGAGAAUCACUGCAACAAGCAGCACGGUGAUCGGAAAUGAAUUGGACUACGCUCGAGAAGUUUUAAAAUCUGGGAAUUUGAACGGAAAAGGGAAAUACUCGAAGCUCUGCGAAAAAUGGCUUGAGAGUUUCAUGCACGGUGGCCGAGCUUUUGUUGUAUCCUCUUGCACCUCAGCGCUCGAAAUUGCCGCAAUACUCGCGGAUAUCAAACCAGGUGACGAGGUUAUUGUCCCAAGUUAUACCUAUGUCACCACUGUCAACUCCUUUGUUCUUCGUGGGGCUACGCCCGUGUGGGUAGAUCUUGACAAGGGAAUGCAUAUCGAUGCCUCACUCAUUGAAGCUGCGAUUACCCCGAAGACCAAGGCCAUCAUUCCAGUUCAUUAUGGAGGUAUUGCCUGUGAAAUGGAUACCAUAAUGGAUAUUGCCAAGCGAAACAACUUAUUCGUAUGUGAGGAUGCGGCGAUGGCUUGCAACUCAACAUAUAAAGGACGCAUGCUCGGUACCAUCGCACCGGUCGGUUGUAUCAGUUUUCAAGAGAAGAAGAAUUUCACUGCCGGUGGUCAAGGCGGAGCUCUUCUGAUAAAUGAUCCCAACCUCAUCGAACGAGCUGAGACCAUCUAUGAACAUGGUACCAAUCGGGCGCGUUUCAUACGUGGCGAGGUUGAUCGAUAUGAGUGGAUCGACUUGGGUGUAAACGCCACUCUGACUGAGCUCCAAGCAAGUUUCUUAUAUUCUCAGCUUCAGGCCUCGAGAUUCAUCAGCAUCAGAAGGCUGUAUCUUUGGAAUCGCUACCACUCAGCGUUAACACCGUUAUUGAAAAGAGGAUGCAUUAUGCUUCCCGAAGUACCAAAAGAUAUAACACACAAUGCGAACGUGUUUUGGAUCAGAGUCACCGAUCCCACACAGCGGGAUGAUCUAAUCCGGCAUCUUGAUCAUGCCAAUAUUGAAGCACACCCUCAAUUUAUGCCGCUCCAUCUGUCGCCAUAUGGCCAGAGGAUUGGAAGAUUUUCGGGUGACGAUCGGGUUACUACGAUGGCGAUAUCACAGAUUUUGAUUCUACCGCUGAGUAUGAUAAUGACUAAUGAAGAGCAGAAUAUGGUCAUUCGUGAGAUUUUUUCGUUCUGGCAGCCUGAGCUCGGGGAUAGGAAGUUCGGUGACUCAAAUGAAACGAGGGAUAGCGAAACGACUGAGUGUUCCUGA